GUUUUUUCCUUCAUUUUGUUAAUUAUCUUCCGAUUCUGAUUGAUUGAUCAAUUUGAUUUUGAUUUGUAAAUUUGUAAUGAUGCAACAACGAUUACAACAAAAUUACCUAUUAUUAAUGUUAAUUAUAAUGAAUUUAAUCAUCGUAAAUGGAAUGAAAUUUAAAAAUUUAUAUAAAAAUUAUGAAACAUUUCAUGAUACAUUGGUACGACGACAAAAAACGUAUGAACAACAACAACAACCACAUUAUGUACCAGAUAUUAUUUCCAAUGAUCAACCACAACGUAUACCAUUACGAAGAAAUCGAAAACAUCGAUCGAAACAUCGACAACGAACAACACCGUAUACAAUACGAAAAUUAACAUUUUUGGCUAGUUUUGUAUUGAUUAUCGCGUGAAAAAUAAACGAUGCUAAACCAAAAAUCAAUACUGAUUUGGAUGAUGAUAAUAUCGAUAUUGGUCAUCCACAACAACAACAACAAGGUUGAUUGU